CAUUCGGCCGUAACAAUGAGACCCGCUGCGGACCCCGCCGACGCCGUGCCGUCUGACGUCGACAGCCUCAGCGACUCGGACUGGCUCGAGAUCGCCUCUAAUCGUGCGAGCGACGACGACGACGGCUUCGUUAGCGACCGCGACGGCACGCUCUCGCUGCCACCGUCGUCCCGCAGAUCCUCGAUCAGCCUCAGCUCCUCGCGCGGAGGCGACGUCGACGCCUGGGAGGGCAUCGCGGACCACGACGCGGAUGCGGCGCCAGGUGCGGCACCCGUCGAUGCGCACGACGACGGCGCGGGCGCGGCGCCGCAAGAUGCAGGCGACCCCGCGGAGGACCAGCGUGUCAUCGAGGCGCUCGACCAGAGCAUGGUCAGCACGCUCAACAGCUCGCGCACGGGCUCGGCCAGCCGCGUCUCCACCGUCCACUCCUCCCAUCGCGACCUGCGCCUCUCCUUCCCCGAUCCCCUUGCUGGCUCCGGGGAGGCGCUUGCGUCGCACCUCGAUAGCUCGUACGAGGGCGUGGCCGAGCCCGACGAUGACACCCGGAGCGUCGCCUCGUCCAUCGAGGAGCGGCUGGAGGGUCCGGACGCUGCUCUCACGCCCGAGGCCCUCAGCCCCGACGCCGAUCCAGAAUGCCCGUUCGAGUCUCCCUCCCGACAGUUGUCCUUCAGUCAUCACUCUGACUCGACGGUUGAUUCCGUCAUCGAGGACACGCAAGGACCCAAGGAGGCUCUCGCCACUGCGGCUCCUCAAGUGGAGCUGUUCAUGUACGGCAUACAGAUGCCAGAGCGAUGGCACUUCAUCGACCGCCUUGUGAACAAGCUCGCCGCGGGUCAGACAAGUCAGCUGAACAACCCUCCCGACAUCGUCGAUGAGACUACUAGGGUAUACGCUCUUGAGCACAGUGAACACAGCGACAAUCGUGUCGUCAGUUGCAUCGCCGUCCACGAUAGAACAGAUGUAGAUGCGAAUGCAGACAACAAGUUCGAUGAAUCAUCCAACGGAUUGCCCUCGCUCGCCAUCGUGUUUCUUCCCAGCUAUCCGGAGCCUACUCCCAAGGUCAACGUGCCCCAGCACAAGUACUACCACUUCGUCACCGACGGCAAGAAGUUUCCUAAAACCUUCCAUUGGUUUGCGUACGGGCAGCUUCUUCCUCACCUGCGCUGUCGCACGUCCAUCGACGACGUAUCAGACCUCGACGCCACGUCGGUCGCCCAGGCCUUCGAAGCGCUUCUUAUCGACAAGCCACAGUUCCUCAUUCCAGUGGGUUUCGGGCGCGCGUUCACUCUGCUCACUAUCCUGACCAUCAUCCUCGGCGUGGCGGUCGGAUACCAGUCGGCGCAGUCGGUCCAGCGGGCCGCGCCUGUGGCACAGGUGCAGAAGACGCUUAUGGGGCUUUGGGCUGGGUCGACGAACCACACGAUGCUGUCGCCGGCGUCGUACUCGGCGAUCACCUCAGUGAGGGAGGCGGUGGCGCAACAGGCCUUACCGUCGACCCUGCCGCCAGGUGUGCAGCCGUCUACGGCGUGGUCGCAUUUGGCCGCCCCCGCGAUUGCCAUUGCGUCCUCGUCGAGCAUUGCAUCCUCAUCGUCUAGCGCGGUAGCGUCCUCGUCUUUAAGUGCCACCUCAUCAUUGUCCUCGGCAUCCACGUUUUCCCUGUCCACCGUGCCCACGCUCUCCGGUUUCUCGUAUCCCUUCCUCAGCGCGAAGGCCGCUGGCAAACGACCUGCCACCACCGACGUCGCUGUCCGCAUUCCCGGUACCCUCGCCGUCUCCCCUACAUCGCUGCUCUCCGAAUCGACCGCUACCGCCGGUUUCGGCCUCCGCCUCGAGGAACUCGUUGGCGCCGUCCAGCGCGACGUCCGCGACGCUAGCACUGCCCUCACGCAGGCCUUCGAAGACGUCUCUGAGACGCUUAGUGAUGUCGGCAACGUCGUCGACGAGCGCCUUCGAGAGAAGCGCGACCUCAUCCUGCGCGGGACGAACAGUCUCGUGCGCGCUGGGCAGGAGCACUUUGCGUCGAGGAACGAGAAGGCGAAGGGGAGGGCGCGACACCUCAAGGAGCAGGGCCUGCGCCUCGUUUCGGACGCGCAAGAGCAUCUGUGGGACCGGGUGGCGAUGGCGCGUCGGAGGGCCCGGGCCAUGAAGGAGAAUGUGGCGUAGCGUGGUGCGACGCUCGCCCAUUCCCCUUUCUUCUCUUCUCUUUCCUCUCUUCUCCCUUUUCUUCUUGCUCUCUAUCGUCUCUGGUAUGCUCUCUAUCAUGCUUCUUCUUGUUCUGCGUUAUGGAUCCCUUCUCUCAACUUACAACGAUAUCAACCCUUUGGACUCCGCAAUAUGCACUGUAUCUGUAUCCUAACUAUGUACUAUAAAUCUAUGAUGAUGUGGUCUUUGAAAUGCACGGGGAGGUGUGUGUCGAUGUUGGCAGCAAGCGCGAGUAGCUAUAUCAGUGAAUUUAACGUGUUCUUGACGGACAUGGUAUCGAAACGAUAGCGGCGC